AAAAUAAAUACAAUAACGAAAAGAAAGGAAAAAACUUGCCAAGAGAAAACUUUUCAUCAUGUCUUCUAAAAUCAUUUUCUUUAUACUCUCUCUUGCUAGUAUUAUCUCCACUAGUCACCAAGCAUCAGAAAUAGUAACCCAGUCAUGUGAAAAAAUCCCACAUAAGGACCUGUGUUUAUCAGCUUUAGGUUCUGCUCCGGAAAGUGAUGUGCAUGAUCUACCAGGGCUAACAAAAUUUGCUCUGAAAAUGGCGUCCUUAAAUGGAACUGAACUCUACAAGAAAACUGCAGAAUUGUAUCAAACAAGUUCAGAUGAAUUUGUGAAGCAAUGCUUGACAGAUUGUUCUGAGGUCUAUCAGGAUGCGAUUGAUCAACUUGAGGACUCGAUGGUAGCCAUUGAUUCUAAAGUUUAUGACGAUGUUACUACAUGGGUUACUGCUGCUGUAACUGACACACAGUCUUGUGAGGAUGGGUUUAAGGAGAAACAAGGAUUUACCUCUCCUCUGUCUCAGGAUAAUGCAGUGUUUAGCCAACUUUGUAGUAUUGCCUUGUCACUUUCAAAUCUCUUGGCCCAACAGUAGACUCUUUCUAGUGUAAUCUCUUUCGUUUAUGCAUUAUUUUAUUUUGUGAUGAGAGAUUAGCAUCAAAGAGGGACAAUCUAUAUGUAAUGAUUCGAAAUUUCUAAUGGAGAUGAAUCUAUAUAUAUUAACAUUGGUGCUA